CAAUUAAAAAAAUGAUUUAUUAACAUAACGAAAAAGGUUUCAGUAACACCCAUAGAGAAUAAAACCGCAGAGAAAGAAUGAGAAUAACACGUGAACCCAAAACCCGGAAGAAAAAAAUACCAUAGCAUAUAUUCAUAUUCACAUUAACACUCUUUCUUCUCUCUCAAAAUUUCAUUCACCAAUUUCAUCAUAAUUUGUUAUGAUUGAAAUUGAAAUGGCCAAAAAAACCCCUCCAACGACGUCGUUUCAUGAAUUAAAACCAGAACAAUACACACACAGUCCAAUUCAUUACGCCGUUGUAAUCGGAAACCAUUCAACACUUUCUAGAAUCAUCUCAUCUCUCCCGCGUUUACCCGACCCGACUCAGAUUCACACUGAGUCCGACUCGCUCUAUCAAGAAAAACUCGCUGAUAAAAUCUCCGCCGUACUCGACCGCCGUGAUGUUCCUUUCCGUGAAACUCCUCUCCAUCUUGCUGUUCGUCUUAACGAUCUCACCGCCGUUAAAAUUCUCUCCACCGCCGGUGCUGAUGUUUCACUACAUAAUGCCUCCGGUUGGAAUCCUCUUCAGGAAGCUUUAUGCCGCCGCGCAACGGAAAUUUCAGUUAUUCUUGUUCGUCAUCAUCAUCGUUCCGCUUGGGCGAAAUGGCGGCGGCGUUUACCUCGUCUUGUUGCUGUUCUUCGCCGUAUGCGUGAUUUCUACAUGGAGAUCUCGUUUCACUUUGAGAGCUCUGUAAUUCCGUUCGUCGGAAAAAUCGCUCCGUCGGAUACUUACAAAAUCUGGAAACGCGAUGGUAAUCUACGCGCUGAUACUUCAUUAGCUGGAUUUGACGGUCUCAAGAUCCAACGCGCCGAUCAGAGUUUUCUCUUCCUCGGCGACGGUGAUAACGCACACGCCGUUCCUUCUGGAUCGUUGCUUGUUCUAAAUCGCGACGAUCGCAAGAUCUUUGAUGCAUUUGAAAACGCUGGAGCUCCGAUGAGUGAUUCUGAUGUAGCUGGAUUCUGUGCGCAAACUAGCGUUUACCGGCCGGGAAUGGAUGUAACAAAAGCAGAACUAAUCGGAAGAACGAAUUGGAGAAAGCAAGAGAAAACGGAAAACGUAGGUGAAUGGAAAGCGAAGGUAUAUGAAGUGCAAAACGUGCUUUUCAGUUUCAAGUCAAGAAAAGUCUCUGCAGCAGAAUCUGGUACUGAACAAGUUAUACCGUUGGAAUUGGAUGAAGAUGAAGAUGGUUUUCUCGUAGCGGAGAAUCCAAGUUUUGGAAUGCCAAUGGAAACUGACAAAAGAAGACACAGUAGUUUCGUUCGAGAAGAUAGAGAGUGGGUCCCAUUAGGUAGAAAAAGCGUGGACAUGCCUUCAGGGAUAAUGCAACCGCCAAGGAAGUCCACGUCUUCUGCUUCGGUUAGAUUGGCGCAGCCAUUACCACCACCGGUGAAGGAGAAGGAGUAUAUGAAAAGUUUACGGCCUUCGGUGUGGUUGACGGAGCAGUUUCCGUUGAAGACGGAGGAGUUGUUGCCUUUGCUUGAUAUUUUGGCUAAUAAGGUGAAAGCUGUGAGGAGGAUGAGAGAUUUACUGACGACGAAGUUCCCGCCGGGGAGUUUUCCGGUUAAGGUAGCAAUUCCGGUGGUCCCUACGGUAAGGGUGGUAAUCACGUUCACAAAGUUCGUGGAGCUUCAACCUGUUGAGAAAUUCUACACACCAUUCACAAGUCCAAGACAUUUGAUAGCUUCAGAUAAUGGUGAUGAGGAACAAAACUCAGAAACCAGUUACUCUUCAUUUACAUCUUCAUGGUUGAGAAGAAACAAUAGUCAAUCUGGGAGUUCAAGGAAUAAGCAGCUACAAAAAAGCACUUCUGGUGCAUUGGAUUUAGAUCCUUUUGUUAUUCCCGAAGGAUAUACUUGGAGUAAUAGUGGAGAUGAUAAGUCAAAGAAAUUGAACAAGUCUAAGUCUUUGAGAAGAGCCAAGUGAAAAUUGAACUAGAAAUGGUUGAUGGUAAUUUAGUUGCAUUGCAUUGCAUCCAUAAUGUAGAUAUGUCCCUGUUUAAUUUAAUUUUUAUUUAUUAUAUUAUUUAAAUCAACUGGGUUUUUUUGGAUAAUUGUGUUCAUACUUCACAGUUCACAGAGAGGGUUAUUUUGCAGCAAAUUGUUGAACAGUACACUUACAACUGUACUUUGCUCACAGUUUUGUUUAUGUUACAGGCAUUACUGGUACAUUAUAUAGAAAUGUUUGUGGUUGGUUA